UGACCGAAAUAAAGCUGUUAAAGCUUGGCACGGCACAGCACAGUUUACUGCCCCUCAUGUUAGCCUGCAUUUCCUCACGCGCUCAUUUCACUGUGGAUUCCGGAACAGCACACUUCCUGGUACAGUGUUUAGAAGUCGCGAUUUUAGUACGUUCAGUGUUGAGCAUUAGCUUAAAAAAAUGGCAUUCAGAACAUCUUAAGGCAUUUCAACCCAGGCCAGAAGAGCUCUUAAUAAUCUCGGUUACGUGUGUGUGGAGCGCUUUAAGGAUGACUGAGCCAAACAAACCUCAGCGGAAACUGUCCACAUCAGGAGACAGUUUAUACAAAACACUGGGCUUGCAAAAAGGAGCUUCAUCUGAUGACAUUAAAAAGGCAUAUCGGAAACUUGCACUCCGGUAUCACCCAGACAAGAACCCAGACAACCCAGAGGCUGCCGAAAAGUUUAAGGAGAUCAACAAUGCCAACUCCAUUCUUAAUGAUGAGAACAAACGGCGGAUCUAUGACGAAUAUGGCUCCAUGGGCCUUUAUGUUGCUGACCAGUUUGGAGACGAUAGUGUUAAAUACUACGUCCUUAUGUCUAAAUGUUGGUUCAAGACACUGAUUAUCUGUACCAUGAUUUUCACUUGCUGCUGUUGCUUCUGCUGCUGCUGUUUCUGCUGCGGGAAAUGUGGCUCAAAAGAGGAAGAGGAGGAGUAUUUCUAUGUGGAUCCCGAGCAACUUGAAGCCCAAAUGACUGAAGAGCAAAACAAAGGGAAUCCAACGGUUAUCAUUGGACAGCCAGUUCCCUCGGCAGCACCUGAAGAUUCAUCACACAGACCAGUGAUCAUAGGCAUGCCCAUUCCUAGCUCUGACACCAUGACUCAGUAAGGUGGAGACAGCAAUACAGUCAGCUGUCUACUGACCAUCAGUCUUUUGCCUUUAAAGAUAGAACUUCUAAUCAAGAGGACUGCCAUGUCUCUGUACUUGGCUCGUGGUCAGAAAGGGGAAAGUUAAAACAGCACAGCCCUUGAGGACAUUUUGACCGACAAACAGGGGCUUUAUAAAGUGUGUACACUCUGGGGAGUUACACUGGGUCAUCUUCAUUCUGAAUGCAUAGUUUACACUUGCUGUACUUUUUGUUUUCUUUACUUUUAAUGUGGUAUCAGGUUCUGUCUUAUAUUUAGUGAAAUAUUUUAAAUUAACAGUAACAAAUUGUGAGUGGGUUUCUCUAGCCCAAGUAAACAUACUGGUAUUACCAUUGUUCAGAAGAUGCAAUAAAAUAAAUGUAAUUGCAUCUUUAGUAACAAUCAAUACCAGUAUGUUGUGUUUCUUUUUCUUUUCUUAAUUAAGAAAUGGCAACUGUAUUUUAGUUAAAAUGACUGUGGCCCUGACACUAUUUACCUUGUCUUUCUUAAUAAAAAUAAAUCUUGACAGUAUUUAACCACUUUUAAUAUUUAACAUGGACAUUACAAACACUAAAUCCAGCAGUGAUUGGACUAUAAUGCUGUAUUUGAAGUCUCAAAACUUGAGUCUGUACUGUGAUUAAAUAAUGCAAGUAAAAAUUAGUUUUUCAUA